GCACUUUUGCUCCACUUUUCAACUAGAAGAUCCCUAAAAACCUACGUCCGCUUGUUCCGUUCUCCGUGUAUGAUUCAUACAUUGCUAUUCUUUGCUUGCUAGUACUUACUGCUAGUGCGACUCCAUUUCACUGCCCGUGAUUGUGUUACCGUUUUGUCGGUUCUGGUGUUGACGGCGGUCGUGUCGUGGAUUAUAGGUCUGAGUACUCUCAUUCUCUGUUACGCCAAGGUAGGAGGUAGAAAUCGUAUAUAGAUUCGACGCCACAUACACAGAGGGCGAGAGAGGCAGGAGAACGAAGGAUAAAGUGGCAGAAGAGAUCUUUUUUUAAUAUGGUGGUGCAGUUUUGUACAGUCAUUUUCAUUGUCCGUCAAUAGUGCGCUGGAAAAGUGAUACGGAGAUUACGGAAUCGCAUGAAAAUCGGUGGAAUACUACGACCGAACAUAGAUCUGAUCGUGUACCAUUUUCAGUGGAUCCACGGAAUCCUUGAAUCAAGGAAAAUUGUGUAGUAGCUGAAGGCUUGAUUUUCGCUUCAAUCUGCGACAGCAAAUAUCACAGUGAAGAAUACAGUCUGUCUAUCGAAAAGUGGUGCAGGUAUAGGGGAAAAAAAAGAUCGCAAAGCACUUUUUCCUGAUUACUACGGUUCCGGAUAAGCAGAUCGGUAGGGAAACCACUGGAUAGGUUUUCUCCCUAGACGCACCGCUAUGGACGGAGAAUCGGAAAAGCAACCGCUCCUGAAGCAGUCCUCCCAGUCGGGUCAGCCGGAUUCCGGAUUGGAACAGCCAUCGCAAGCGAUUGUGACGGCUUCUUCGAUUGGACCGGACGAGGUUCCACCGCCAUACCAACAGGAGCAACAGAGUAGUGUUAUAGUGACCUGCCGCGUCUGCCAGGCAUUGAUAGACAUCUCCUGGAAGAAGGAACAACACGUCGUCAAGUGCUCACAGUGCCACGAAGCAACGCCAAUUCGGAAUGCUCCGCCUGGCAAAAAGUAUGUCCGCUGUCCCUGCAAUUGUCUGCUGAUCUGCAAGAGCUCUUCCCAGCGGGUGGCCUGCCCGAGGCCCAACUGCAAGCGCAUCAUCAAUCUGGCGCCGAGUCCGGUGACGCCACCGUUGCUAUCGAUGCCCGGUAUGUGCCGCGUUACCUGCGGUCACUGUCACGAUACAUUCUUGUUCGACACAUUGAAGAACCACCUGGCCCGGUGCCCUCACUGUCGCAAGGUUUCGUCGGUUGGUGCAGAUUUUUGCCGCAAACGGCGCAAUCUGCUGUUCCUUGGAGGAUUGAUUUUCUUAGGAAUCGGUAUAGGCGUUACCUAUGGCACUAUGUCCUAUGCAAAGGAUCACAGUGGAAUGUUCAUUGCCUACAUCAGCCUGUUCCUGGUCGCUCUUCUUCUGUUCGCCAAGACGAUAUACUACUGCACGCUGAAAGUGAGUAACGUGGAAGGGCCAAUCUAAAGUGUUUCGAGAACGUUGGGCCAGUUUGCUGUAUUCUCUGCCUGUGUCAUCGUCUAUAUCCAAAGUUUUUUUUUGUUCGCAAGCAAACCAAACAGUAACAGUUGCAGCAGCGGUAAUCUAAGGAUCAAAUGUAAAUUAUCCAUGCCCACACACAUACUCACAAACAACCAACAGUUUAUACACAUUCCUAUAAGAUAACAGCAGUCGUAACCGGACGUGUAUUGGAAGCUAGUACACAGAAUUUGUUGUUCGUUGCUAUUGAAAACAGAAAAGUGAUGGGUUUGGUUCGAAACAAAAAUGCAGGUACAUUUUGUGUUUUAUUUCUUCGAAUAAACCACAGAUCUGAUUGAUGGUUGCAGUAGAAGCCAUAUUCAACGUAACUGCGGAACACCUCGAACAAAGAUAAAGGAAAAGAUCUACUCUGUGCUCCAAACGGUAGUAGAUGGUGAUGAGUAAGCUUAAGACAAACAAACAAGAAACAUCAUCGAUACAUGUAAAGAUUAUGAUUUACUGAUUAUUAUUCAUAUUUUUACAUUUUUACACAUUGUAAUCACCUAAUCGGAAUUUAUAUGCUGUAUAAAUUAAUCGGAUAAGUGCAGGAAUGUGAUGUUUCUUUUUCUUGUGUUAAAGAGUUAUAUUUAAUUAAAUCGUGGAAUAAACUAUACAAACUGUAUGUGAAAAUAAAAUGCACGUGAUAGCAGAAAGAGUGAAGAAGCAGAUGAUGGUAGAACAGCUUGCAACGUUGUUAACCAAAAAUAAAGAAGAAAUAGGAAACCGGUAAAGCUGUCGGGGUAAAUCGUAAGCACCAGACGAGGAAUAACACAUUUAUAAAACACUUUAUAUAAAUAAUAUUAUCAUUAAACUCCAUACUUGGUCAACAUUUGGAUAGUUAAUCUGCAAUAAAAAUGGGAAACGCUUUAAUCCCAAUUGCCAAAUUGGGCAUGUUGAGAUUGAACCAUUGAAAUAUAGUUGUAAAUCUUAACAAUCCAUUAUAGAAUGAAGCUAAGCAAAUAGUUGUUCUGUAAGGAUAAAUUCGAAACUAUCAAAUCACCUACAAAUCUACUCAAUUUACUGGACCUUUCACAAGCUACUUUCAAUUCCUAAGCGAUUCUAAGAAAAAAAUCUACCUUUUGCAGGAUGCUUCUCACGAAUAUGAACGACGAAUACCAAUUAUCCGCUUGCCUUUGAUGCAGUAUGGUUUUGUUAGAAUAAGCGAUAGUUAGCCACAAAUUAUAGCGUCCCAUUCUCUAGUGUAACCCAUGCUUAUGAUUUAUAUUUUGAGUUUAUCUCGUAAUCUUCUUUGCACCAACCAUCCCCCCCCCCUUCCCCCUCCCGUAAUGAUAUUACAAAUAAGCAUAAGGGAAGAAUAAUGUGCUAGAAUCGCAGAAUCAAACAAAGCUCCAAACUGAAAGAAAAUAAAUUCUUUCAGCCUCGUAUUGUGGUUUUAUGAUUAAUUACUAUAACCAUAAACGAUACACCCAAC